AGCCCACCUCUCUCUGCAGAUUCAAAUCCCCUCUCCCGCCCAAAUCACGCCGCGCUGUGCAUGGCUUCGAACCCCAAAUGUCUCAGCAGCUCGCAAUUCGUGAAAAACGUCUCUCCAGUCCAGCUGUUGAUGACGACUAACUUAGCUUGAUAGGUGGUCAGGGAAUUCCUAGUUAGGCCACGUGUGAUUAGCCGGGACGCCAUGAAAGGAGGCGGCUGGAGCAAAGGGACGCGCGGAAUGCGAGGGAUGGAUCAGCAGCACCAGUACCAGCAGCACGUGGCUAAUAUGCCAACCGGACGAGCGCCGUAUGAAUCGAUGGACAUGCCUAACAUGGGAAUGGAGAGUCGCGAUUACGGGCAGGAGGCAGCGGCAUGGGUGGAUGAGAACGGUAACGAGGAGUGCGGUCCGGUCGCGGUGAAGAAGAGCCGCGUUUCAUCCAACAUGGGGAGCUCCACGUGGGAGAUGAACCGGCAGGAGAUAAAACGCAGCCGUACGGGCGAGGAGACUCUGUACGACGGGCAAGGGCGCUCCGCAAUUCCCGAUCUGCAGAGCCGGUCGAAGCCGGAAGUGAAGCGGGAGAGCGGGUUUUACGACAGCGGCGCAUGGAGCAACGGCGUGCUGAGCGACAGGAACCCUAACUUCGCGAACGGUGCGAACGUUGCAAACGUCGGUAACGGUCGCGACGUGGAGGUUAACGACGUAGAGGAGGGGGAGGAAGAGGAGGAGGCGGAGGAAGAGGAUGACCUGGCAGCCGAGCCGUUCCUGGACCACUCGUUAGAGUUCGCGCCGAACGUGCUGUCGUCUAUGGUCAAAGGCGACGCCGGCGACGCUGACGGCGAUCGCGCGAAUCUCGGCGGAAUCGACGACUGGGAGCAGGAGGAGAGGGAAAAGGCGAGGGAGUGGGAAAAGGAGAGGGCGUGGGGACGGGGGGGGAAGGAGGAGGAAGAGGAGGAGGAAGAGGCGGUACUGAGGGCGGUAGGGGGACCUGGACCGCCGCAUCGCGGACCGAAUCGCGACAGCUACAGCCCGAGAGACAGUCAGCGCUACAGUCAACGCUACAGUCAAAGGGAUAGUCGGAGCUACAGCCAAAGCUACAGCAACAGUCAGAGUCAGGGCGGCGACAAUUCGGGUCGCGGCUGCGCCGGCACGACCCCCAGCGCGCCGCCCGUUUCCGCCAUGAGCAGCGGCCCGCCCGCGCGCGCGGCUCCCGGCGCGCCCACCCGCGCGGCGCCGCAGCCGCAGCGGCCAGAGGCGGGCGGAAGCGGAAGCGCAAGCGCAAGGGGGGAACGGGAGGGCGCGGAGUCGCUGGGCGGUAGCAGCGCGGGUUGGAGCGGAGGGCGGUCGGCGGUGGGGCUGGGGCGGGAGAGCGCGCUGCGACUGAGCACAGUGAGGGAGGAGUCGGGCGCGACGAUGGAGUCACCGUCGCAGGCGUCGCAGAGGACGGAGCGUGGUGGUGGCGACACGCCUCUGUCCCCCCACACCCCCGCCACGCCCCACCGGUUCACUGCGCAUUCGCAACCGCCUGCUCCUGAGCCCAUUCUACUCGCAAGCGCGGAUGAGCGGUGGAGUGCAACGGUGGCGUAUGACGCGUGUGUGCGCAUGUGCAUGGAGGAAGCACCCAAGGGUUCGCCCCACGCGCACUUCUUUCUCAGCGAGUCUGCCUGUGGCUCACUGCGCACCUUCUUUGGCCUGCAGCCGCUGAUGCUGGUGCCUGUGAGUGUGCGCGCGGCAGCAGACGAAGGCAGCAACAGGCCGGCGGCAGGAGGAGGGGGAGGAGGGGGUGCGAGGGAUGGGGAUGAGAGGGAGCAGGGCGGCGUGUGCGCGUCCCCACUGGAGGGCUUUAAGAGCUCCCCUCUGUCACCGUAUGGCAACUCGUCGGCCCGCAAGAAGAAGGGAGGCAUUGGGACGCUCAAGCUGCAAGUGCGCAAGGUGCGCAUGGCAGGCAAGGGGGAGGAGGGGAGGGCGGCUGCCGGACAGAGGGAAGCAGAUUUCCAGGGGGGCGCGGGGGGGUCAGUGUCAGCAUCAGCGGGGGGGGCGGUGAGCAGCAUGAUGCGGCAGAUCAAGGGCGGCAUGGCGAAUCUAAGGGGCCUGGCGGCUGAAGCCACCACAGCUGCUCCAGAGGGCGUGCUAGUAACAGUGCGCUGCAGGUCAGAGGAGGCGAGUGAGGCACAGAGGGUCAACCCCAACACGCACCACUGCAUCAACCUUCCCGUGGAGAGUGAUCGCCAGGAGGUGGUGGUGGAGGUGCACGACCGCAGUGGGUGCAGGGGGCAGGCCACAGUGGCGGCUGCUGUGCUUAUGGACGAAGGGCACCCCUUCACCCACGUGUCGUUAUCGCAGCGCUGCCAUUGGGUGGCUGUGAGAGACACGUGUCAGCAGGAGGUGGCCCGCGUGCAGAUAGCCGUCUCGCUUGUGCAUUCUGCCAAGGACUACGGCACUCAGUGCCAUCCCAUAUCGGAGUCAGCAGCAUACGACUGGGUGCUCGCAGCAGCCAUGGCAGCACAGGGAUUUCACGCGCGCAACCUCCGCCUCUCCGGCCCCUGGGAGUGGCUCUGUGACCAAUUCGCUGUCUGCUAUGGCGUCUCCCCGCACUACACCAAGCUCAGGUACCUGACACGUGUGAUGGACGUGGCAACACCAACCGCUGACUGUCUCUGUCUCAUCCACCAGCUGCUGGCGCCCGUGCUGCAUGCACACGACACUGAUGGCAGCAGCGUGACCAAACAGGAGGCGCGCAUGCUAGCGGAUAUGGAGGAGCGGGUGGGAGACUUGCUGCAACUGACCUUUGAGAGCUACAAGUCCCUCAACGAGUCCGCGCCGUCAGGCAUCGUCGACUCUUCCCGCUCUGCCGCCCAUCUCUGUGCUUCGCUCGGGCGGUCGCUGGUGGGAGCAGAGGCAGCAGCGCUGGUGGCUCCUGCCAUUCCCCCUGCAGUGCAGCUGUUUGGGCUGCUGAAUGACCUUUUGCUGCCUGAAGUGCAGCAGCAGUUCUGUGGAUACCUGCAGACAGCAGCGCGGCGCCGCUGCAGGCAGCACCUGUCCGAGACAGACGAAUACGUGAACGGCACAUCCGCCCUCAUGGGUGCUGGCGGAAGCACUACUCACGGGCAGGGGGGGCAUGGGCAGGGGCAAGCGGGCAUGGGUUGCAGUCCAGGGGGGGGAAGGGGGAGAGGGGGAGUGGGGGGGGUUGGAGGAGGUGGGAUACGGUUUGUGGAUGGGAGGGACAUGGAGGGGCAGAGGGAGGCAUAUGUGAGCAUGCGGCUGGCGUGUGUGGCGAUGUGGCGCGAGGUGCAGGCGGAUAUCGGGAUCCACAACCAGCACAUCCUGCCCAGCUUCGUGGACCUCCCCGAGCUGACGGCUGGCGUGUACAUGGUGGAGCUGCAGAGGAGGGUCAACCAGUUCCUGCUGGCGGUGCCGCCUCAGCACCCGCUGCCACAUGUCAAGAAUCUGCUGCACGCCACUGCUGACGUGGAGGAUAGGCUGCUGCUGUGGGGCGUGGGCAAGGUGCCAGGGGGCUUAGACGCACGGGAGCUGUUCGGGGUGUAUGUGGAGGCGUGGAUCAGAGAGCGCACUCACACCCUCAUGGAUGUCUGCCGAGCUCCCAAGUGGGCGGUGCUAGCCCCCAUGUCGGACCGCAAUGCCACGUCACCGUUUAUGGAGGAGGUGUAUGGCGCCGUGAACAGCCUGCUGGACGAGCUGGACUCCGUGCUGGGCAGAUGGCCCCAGUACACCCUUCUUGUGGAGGAGGCCGUAUGCGAUGUGGAGCGAGCCGCCAUCUCGUCCCUCGCGUCUCACUUCCAGAACUUCCUCCUCCUCCUCAACACCCCCUCCUCCUCCGCCUCCUCCACCUCCACCAAGAAGAAGAUUCUCAGCAUGCUUUCGCGCCGCCGCCCCACCCUCGCAUAUCAAGUGCCUAUAGAGCUGGGCGUGUAUCUCAACACCAUCAAGCGAAUGCUGGAAACGCUCCGCCCAACAGUGGAGCUGCGGAUGCGCAAGUGGGUGGCCAACACCCCUCCUGCGUCCCUCAUCCGCCCCCCCAGCGCAACUCCGCCCCUCCCAAGCGGCCCUCAGGGGGGGGCACCGCUGCUGCUGCCGCCGCUGCUGCCGCCAUGCUAGGCGCUGCGGCUAAGAAGGUGGCUGCU